AUUUAGUUAAUUAUUUGAUCUUCUUAAGCAUCACAUUCGAAUAUAUUCUAAUCUUUUAAAAUAUAGUAAAAAAAGUAUAACAAUUUACGAUGGUUCAAGUUCGAUAUACUCGUAAUUUAUUUUUACGGGGAAUAUGUGUUAUAUAUCUUUUUGCGUUUCUUAGUUUUUAUAUUCAAAUUCCAGGAUUAUAUGGUGAUAAUGGAAUUCUACCAGCUAGAACUCAAUUAGAUUUGAAAGGUCGCACACCCUUAUUUCAAAAAUUGAGACAGAAACCAACAUUAUUGUGGUUUGCUCCUUAUUUUGGAUUGAAUAUAGAAUACAUGCUAGAUGUAUUAUCACUUAUAGGAAUUGCUCUUUCCUUUGUAGGAUUUAUUUCACAGAAAUUUUGUAUUGCAUUUGUAUUUGCAUUACUUUGGUUAUUGUAUUAUUCUCUAUAUCAAAUUGGUCAAACAUUUAUGUGGUUUCAAUGGGAUGUACUUUUAUUAGAAGCAGGAUUUUUAUGUAUAUUAGUAGCACCAUUUUGUUAUUCUCAACGUGGAAAAAUAAGUACACCAAGUGAUGUUGUAACUUUUUGGACUGUACGUUGGUUACUUUUUCGUUUAAUGUUUUCUAGCGGAGUAGUGAAACUUACUUCUGGUUGUCCUAUUUGGUGGAAAUUAGAUGCUUUAAAUAUACAUUUUGAAUCGCAAUGUAUACCUACUCCAUUAGCAUGGUAUGCACAUCAUUUACCAACAUGGUUUUUACGUUUUACUACUGUGAUUGUCAAUAUUAUUGAACUCGUCAUUCCAUUUUUGUUCUUCUUUCCAAACAGAAAAGUGAGAAUAGUAGCAUUUUAUACACAGGUAUUUCUUCAAAUACACAUUAUAGCUACAGGGAACUAUAAUUUUUUCAACUUCUUAACUAUAUGCUUAUGCAUCUCUUUACUUGAUGAUCAUUUUUUCUAUAAAAGAAAAUCUAAAAAUGAUUCUUACAAUAUUAUCAAAUAUUUCUCUACAAUAUUAUGUAUUUUAGUUUAUGGAGGAAUUUUUUAUGCAACAUAUAUAUAUUAUAAUCUUAGAUUAUCUGAUAAUUGGACUAUUCAAAGUAAUAUUGCAUUUACUCAAGAACAAUUUGAUUACAUGUUAUCACGCGCAAUACCACUUUCCAUUCACAUUGGUGUAGUAUCCCUUGCAUUUACAAUAGCAAAUGCAAUAGUUGUUUCUUUAUUAACUAUUAAAGGAAUACAAAAUAAGAUUUUUGCAACAUUCGUUACGAUUUUUUAUACAGCAGCAGUUUGUUUUGUUUUUGCUAUAAGUAUUGUACCUUAUGCUACUUUACAUCAUACAUAUAAUUCAACAAUACCAAUUCAAUUAAGACAGAUGCAAGGAAAAGUAGAAUAUCUUCAUUUGGUAAAUAGUUAUGGAUUAUUCAGACGCAUGACUGGAGUAGAAGGUAGAUUGGAAGUUAUCAUCGAAGGAAGUAAUAAUAUUGAUGGUCCAUGGAAAGAAUAUGAGUUUUUAUAUAAACCAGGAAAUGUUAAUAAUUCAUUACCAUUUGUUGCUCCUCAUCAACCGCGACUUGAUUGGCAAAUGUGGUUUGCUGCAUUGGGCACAUACCAUCAAAAUCCAUGGUUAAUGUCAUUAGCAUAUCGUCUUUUGAGAGGUCAACCAGAGAUAUUAACUUUAAUGAAUAAUGUAGAAAAUCCGUUUCCUGAAAAACCACCUAGAUAUAUUAAAGCGAGUCUUUAUCGUUAUCAUUAUACUCCAUGGAGUCAAUCAUGGAAUAAACAAGCUUGGUGGACAAGAGAAAAAAUCGGAGAAUAUUUUCCAAUAUUUAGCCAUGAUCAUCCACCACUCAUUGAAUAUUUAUCAAAAAUGAAAAUUAUUCAAGAUAAGCCAGUUUACAAAGUAAUAAAUGAACCGCUAAAAUUAUUCCUUGAUAGUAUUAGAUCUUUAGUUCACAAAAUUGAAGCUAGUCUUUUUUUGUGGGGAGUUUUUACAGCAGGUUGUACAAUUAUUGUAACUAGCUAUAAUAACUCAGUUUUAAAGAAAAAGUAAUUAUUCGUUUCAUUUUUUAACGUUCUCAGUGAAAAAUAUUCAUAAUCAAUUACAUUUGAAAAGAUGUGCUUGUGUAUAAAUGUAAUCAAGUUUGGUUGUAUCGUGCAUAUAAAUUAUUUCUUAAAUUAUGCAUAUAGUACAUUUUUACAAAUACAUAAACUUUUUUGCUCU